AGCAAAAUCUGUAGUGUGAAAUUGUGUUACUUUUCCAGUGUAAAUUAUUUUGUGUUGACGGGUGUUAAUUUUGGUGUUGUUUGAACACCAGCAGUGUUGAAAAAGCUCUGGGGGCGGUGCUCCAUAAACGAGUUGACUGCCUACACUUUUUCCUGAGUUAUUCCUACAUCCGGUUUUAUCGCGCCCAUUUUCUCGGAGGCUGUGUGGCAGGUGGAAGACCUAUCUGCAAGUUCGAAAGGUUCUGAGACAUGCCAUUAUGUUGCUGAAGGUGAGAUACCAUGGUACCAAGAAGUAUAUCCGAUUGCCCUCUGAUUUCACCUAUUUGGAUUUUAUCAGUGAAGUCAAAAACAAGUUUGGGAUUCCCAGUGCAUCCGAACUGUACAUUUUUGAUGAAAGUAACACAGCCGUGGAGGAAGACAUCCUUCUUGAACUGAUGGAGGCCAAUCCUGACUUAUGUCUGACAGUAUGCGACGGCGAGUCUGAUGAAGAUCAAUCAGCAUCAUCUUCCCUCACGGAUACCUUGUCACCUUCAAGUGACAAUGAUCUCUUCAGUCAACGCUCCAGAAACAGACCUGUUCAUAACUUCAGAGAUGGGAGCCCACCAACCACAGUGUUUUCUGAGGCUAAGGCUGCAAAAGAGGUGGUAGAAAAUGCCUUGGUUAUAAAACCUGGAGGUCAGGAUGUCCUUGAAGAGUACAAGGCAGAUAAAUCCCUGAAUCAUCGAACCCGGAGACAGCUUGUCAACAUAUUGGCUAGCCACAUGACUGAGAUGCAUGGGAGGAUUCCAUCCCGUAAACAGAAGGAGAAGUAUGCCCUGGGGAUCAUUACGCUCUUUCCUUCACUGAAAGAUCCUUUUUCUCCAAAGGGCUAUGAGCAUUUCUAUGAUGGCGAAAAGGGCACAGGAUAUUUAGCAUGGCGCCUGAAGACGAUGUCCCGGAAUAAAUCUCCACGACCAGUUAAGGCAAGCCCAGUGCCGCAAGCACAAGGACCACAUCGCAGAAGAUCAGUAGCAUCAGGGCCUGAACAGCUUGAUGGAGAUGCCUGCCUGGAAGCUGUAUCGUUUCUUGUUCAUUGUCAUGAUGAACAAAGUGUGUUUCAGAAGAUGAAGAUGACCUUUGAACAUCGCCAGAACCUAGUGCAUGACUCGCAGAGAACCACAGAUGUCCUAAAAACAUUCCCACGUUUUUUAGAUGUCAAAGGACUACUGAAUCAAGACUUUGCGCUGCUGUUUGGUGAGGAAACAUCCUCCAAGUUGCUUGAGAAGUGGGACACGACCUUCAAGCCAAAGGUUAUCGAAGAAGCCAAACACCUGACUAAGUCAACCGAGCUGCACCGACUUCUAAAAGCUGCUGAGAAAUAUGAAGAGGAUGAUGACACCAACUGGGACAGUGACAUGGCUUCUGUGCUGCUUCUUCUCCAUCUCUUGCCACCGACAGCAGGACGAAAGAGAAUCAAAAUUAGUGCCAGUGAUGCAGUGGACAAAAUGGUGCACUUUCACAAGUCAUGCUGCAGCAUUGAUGAACAUCUGCGAGGAAGAGAGGGCAAACAACCUUACAUCCUUGCUGUUGGCCGGGCUCAGAAGAGGGUCGACACAUUCUACAUCAUUGUGGACAAGCAGCUGAUCCCCUGCCAAGCCACCAGAUCCUUGGGUGCCUUUGAUGAGCUCUUCAAGUCUCACUAUGUGUUCAAUCUUUCUUAUGAUGGUUCCCUGGUCCAUUUCUACACAUUUGUGCAGACAACAGUCUACAGCAUUGACAUCACAACAACAAACGAGUCUCCAAGAGUUCGUGAGUUUCGGGCAAAGCUUUUCAACUAGGUUAAAUGUUUAAAUGUUUCAUUUGUCAGGCUGUUCAUGUGGCCUGCCAGUCCUUAAUAACUCAUUUAAGAAUUGUUCACAGUUUUUACCCAAGCACCAAGUUUAAGUUGGUUUGUGCACAGGAUUGUUGUAGGCGUCAGUUUUCAACUUAUUCAGGUUUCAAAAAACAUUUAAGUAGUGUUCAUUUUGGUCAAAGUGGUGGUGAUACAAACUCUGAGUCCUUUCAAGCUAAUUUUCACAAUCUUCAAGAUGAUACAGAAGUUGGACAAAUGAAUGUAACACCGAACCUAGAGACUGUAUGUUUAGAGGACAAUGAAUUGACUACUCACAAAGAAAAAACAAAACAUACGUGUGCUUCAAUUAUUGCUAAACUCCAAGGAAGUGGUGUGGCAAACAGUGUGGUUUCAACCAUUGUUAGUGAUUUGGAAGAACUUGCUACUGGGCUGCACUCCCAAAUGAAGCAUGAAAUACUAUCUGCUGUACCUAAAGAUGAUCCUGUUAGAUCUACAUUAAAAGAAAGUCUUGAUCAUUUUGAAAACCCAUUUGAUGAGUUUAAUACUGAAACUAAAAGAAUGAGAUAUUUUAGUGAGAAAUGGGGCAUAGUAGAGCCAGUAGAAAUAGAUUUAGGAGUUCGAUUUGACACAAGGCGAAAUAAAUGUACAGGCACAUACGAUCAAGUCCCUGUAAGAGACACUUUUGUGUACAUUCCAAUUUUGGAAACAAUAAAAUUUAUGUGCCGCAAUUCUGAGAUUUGUAAGCUGCUUGGAGAGCCCUGUUUACCGAAAACUGAUCGAUAUGAAGAUUUUUGUGAUGGAAGUUAUUUCAAGACACAUCCAUUGUUCUCUAAACAGAAGUCUUUACAAAUUCAGUUAUACUACGACGACUUUGAAACUGCUAACCCUCUGGGUUCAAAGCGUGGUGUGCACAAAGUGGGUGCCCUCUAUUUUAUUCUCAGAAAUCUGCCACCGAAGUUUAACUCUGCUGUAAUGAACAUUCAUUUGGUUGCACUGUUUCAUGCUGACGAUGUGAAAAAAUAUGGCUUUGAUCCUAUUCUACAUCCUCUGAUUACUGACAUCAAAAAACUGGAGAGUGAUGGCCUUGAUUUACCUUUUUCCACUGAAAAAGUCCAUGGAACUGUAUGUCAGGUAACUGGGGAUAAUUUGGGGAUGCAUUCUAUUUUGGGUUUUACAGAAUCUUUUAGUGGACGUUAUUUCUGUCGUUUGUGUUUGAUUGAAAAAGAGGACGCACAAAAUGUUUACAGUGAGGAUGACCCCAAGAUAAUCCUGCGUGGAAAAGAACUUUUUGAAAGGCAUUUCCAGGAGUUACAGUCAGACCCACAGAAGUUAUCUGUGUGUGGUUUAAAGCAGAAUUCAACGCUUAACAGCCUACAGUUCUUUCAUGUUUGCCACAAUUUUUCUUUGGACAUUAUGCAUGACAUUCUUGAAGGGGUGGCUCAGUAUGAGAUAAAGUUACUUUUGGAGUAUCUCUCAGAAAAUGUUUUGUCAAAAGCUGAUCUGUGUUCUAGAAUUUAUGCCUUUGAUUAUGGGUACUUGGAGCGUAAGAAUCGUCCUACAAGGAUCAACUUGGACAGCAGUGGGAAUAAUAUAGGACUCAAUUCCAUUCAGACUCUUUGUCUUGUGAGAAACAUUCCUUUGCUUUUUGGUGACAUUGUGCCAGAAGGAAACCAAAAUUGGACAUUGCUACUACUUUUACUGCAGAUAAUCAACAUCAUAUUUUCUCCAUCUCUUAGCCAAGGCAUGACUGUACAUUUGAAGUACUUAAUAAUGGAACAUCAUGACUUGUUCAAACAGUUGUAUCCAGAAAGAAAUUUGAUUCCAAAACAUCAUUUUAUGAUCCACUACCCAGCUUGUAUAAGAAAAAUAGGGCCCCUAAUACACAUUUGGAGCAUGAGAUUUGAAGCAAAACACAGGGUUUUCAAAAACACGCUUAAAAAUUUUAAGAACAUAACUAAAUCGCUUGCAAAGAAACAUCAGAUGUCCAUAGGGUAUCAUUGGGAGACGUCACCUUUAAACCAUAUUGAGUAUGGACCCCUGAAAUCAUUUAAUAUUUACAGUGAAGACAAUGGUGACCUAUUUUCCAGAGUUCUUCAAGAUGUUGUGCCACAAGACAUUUAUUCUACUAACUGGGUCAAAAUCAGUGGGACAGAGUACAAAGUUGGACUGAUCAUUUGCAAUGAGAUUGCAAACGAAAUGCCUGUGUUUUGCAGAAUACAGAAGGUUGUAUUAUUCAGAGGUAUUAUCUACUUCCUAGUGGACAACCUGGUGGUUGACCAUUUCAGUGAGCAUUUUCAUGCCUACAAAGUAUUUGAAAGUGAUGAGAAAGAUGUGAUCAAAGCAGACAGUCUUGUUUAUUAUAAGCCCUUCGAUAUACAAAGUGCCUAUGGUGAAGAUGAAAGCCUAUAUAUUGUACCCCUGUUUUCUUUGUAACUGUGCUCAUGUUUAAGUUAAGGUGCUUGGACAAUUUUGAGUAAAGAUUUUAAAAUGA